GUCAGCUCGAGAAAGUGAGGAUGAGGAAGAGGAAGAGGAAGAGAGGCGACAGAACCGGGGCUGUACUCUGCAGUACCAACAUUCCACCCUCCAGGUCUUCACUCAGUUCCACACAACAUCCUCUGAGGGCACUGACCAAGUGGUCACCAUGCUGGGCCCUGACUGGCUGGUGGAGGUGACAGACCUGGUCAGUGACUUCAUGAGGGUGGGUGACCCCCGUGUGGCCCAGCUGGUGGACAGUAGCACUUUGGCUGGUCUAGAGCCUGGGACUACCCCAUUUAAGGUUGUGUCCCCACUGACUGAGGCUGUCCUGGGGGAGACAAUGGUGACGGUGACAGAGGAGAAGGUCAGCAUCACAGAGCUCCGAGGCCAGGUGGUAGCCAGCCUAUCCCUCUCUCUCCGCCCCAGCCCUGGGAAUAGUCACACCAUCUUGGCUACUACAGCAGCCCAGCAGACCCUCAACUUCCUCAAGCAGGAAGCCCUCCUGAGCCUCUGGCUGUCCUACAGUGAUGGCACCACAGCUCCACUCUCCCUCUACAGCCCCAGAGACUACGCCCUGCUGGUCAGCAGCCGGGAUGAGCGGGUGGCCACCGUGACCCAGGACCGGGCUUUCCCCCUUGUGGUGGCCGAGGCUGAGGGCGAAGGUCUUCUGCUCCAGGCUGAUCUCACCAUUGCCGAGAGCUGCCAGAAAUCCAAGAGGAAGAGUAUCCUGGCCACGGCGGCCGUGGGGCUUCGAGUCCACUUUGGGAACGAGGAAGAGGACCCCACCUAUGACUACCCUGGCCCAAGCCAGCCUGGCCCCGGUGGGGGCGGUGGAGACGGCGAGGACGAGGUCCUGGGGGCCGGCCCCCCGGGCACCGCUUUCCCUCAGGGGCCUCCCACGCCGGGCACUGCCAGCCUGGCCCAGACACCCAUCGAAGAUUUCCCACCCGCACCCACCGGCUUCACCCAGAUGCCGCGGGGGCUGACGGACCUGGAGAUCGGGAUGUACGCCCUGCUCGGGGUCUUCUGCCUGGCCAUCCUCGUCUUCCUCAUCAACUGCAUCGUGUUUGUGCUCCGGUACCGCCACAAGCGGAUCCCCCCCGAGGGCCAGACCAGCAUGGACCAUUCCCACCACUGGGUCUUCCUGGGGAACGGGCAGCCCUUGAGAGCCCAGGGGGAGCUCUCGCCUCCGGCCGGCAACCCUCUGGAGGCUGUGCCGGCCUGCUGCCACGGGGACCACCACAGCAGCGGCAGCUCCCAGACCAGCGUCCAGAGCCAAGUCCACGGGAGAGGGGACGGCAGCUCGGGGGGCUCCGCCCGGGAGCAGGCCGAGGACCCGGCCAGCUCGCCCACGUCCAAACGCAAGCGGGUCAAGUUCACCACGUUCGCCACGAUGCCCUCGGAGGAGCUGGCGUAUGACUCAGUGCCCGCCGGGGAGGAGGAGGAGGAGGAGGACCUGAGGUGGGGCUGCCCAGAUGUGGCAGGGGGCACGCUGGCGGCUCCUCAGGACCUGCACAACUACAUCCGCAGAAUCAAAGAGAUUGCCUAG